UUUAUUUAUCUUAAACUAUUUGAUAAAUCGACUUAAAAUCAACUUUUAAAAUAAUUAAGUUUUGGUGAGGGAUUCAGGGAACGUAACAUUUCCUUAGAAUCAUAAUGAAAUUGCUGUGUAUAUUGUUGACCGUAUCGAAAUUGGCAUGGGGGGAGUCGGACAUUUUGGAACCUCCACUAAGAGUGGACCUUAAACCACCUGUAGAGUACAACGGGUUUGAAAGGAGAGUGAAAACCGCGUGGAUCGAUAUGCCCAUUGACCACUUUGAUCCUCAAAAUCGUGAAACAUAUCAAAUGCGAUAUAUGUACAAUGAGGAAUUUUUUGGUGGUAAUGAUUAUCCUAUUUUUAUUAUGGUUGGCGGCGAGUGGAACAUUCAACCCGGAUGGUUGCUAGCAGGGAAUAUGUACUUAAUGGCUCAGGAAAAUAGAGGAUAUCUUUUCUAUACAGAACAUAGAUAUUACGGGGAAAGUUUACCCUACACAACUUUUACUACCGAAAACCUACGUUUCCUAAAUGUCGAUCAGGCGCUCGCUGACCUUGCAUAUUUCAUAUCGGAAAUUAAAAAAAUACCGAGUUUUGUGAACAGCAAGGUUGUGUUAUACGGAGGUUCAUACGCAGGCAAUAUGGUGUUAUGGUUAAAACAAAGAUACCCGCAUUUGGUAGUGGGUGUUGUUGCUUCAAGCGGACCUAUAAAAGCACAAGUUGAUUUUCCUGGAUAUUUGGAGGUAGUACACAACGCAUUCCUAUCAGAGGGAGGACAAGAAUGCGUAGAUACUAUUAAACAAGGCAUCGCUGAUACUAUAGCUGCAAUGGAAACCGAAGACGGAAGAAGAUCUAUACAGAGAAUUUACAGACUAUGCGUUCCCCUAGACUAUAGCUCCCGUCUAUCGAUGGGUUAUUUCUCCGGCUACAUUACUUGGACGUUUUCUACUUCUGUACAGACUGCGAGACCUGGUUCACUGACAGCUAUAUGUCAGAACUUCACUAAUAACGUCUACGGUUCCACGCCAAUGGAGCAAAUUGGGGGCUAUAUUGCAGACACCCGGUCAAUUUCAAAUUGUCUGAAUGUAACCUACGAUAAUUACGUAGCCUCCUAUAAUAAGACUGUCCCUUCGAAUGGCAGAGCGUGGUACUAUCAGACAUGCACGGAAUAUGGCUACUAUCACACAGCACCAAAAUCUGGUACCGCCUUCGACCAACUAACUUGGCUCGAUGUGCCCUUCUAUGUUGACUUGUGCAAAAGAGUAUUCAAUGAAAAAUUUACCGAGUCGUUUGUGAUGAACGCGAUUGAUCGGGUGAAUCUUAUGUUCGGUGGAUUGUAUCCAAAUGUCAAUAACACGAUCAAUAUCCACGGUGAUAUAGAUCCGUGGCACGUGCUCGGAGUUUACGACCGGGACCUUAAGGAAACAUCGCCAACCAUACUUGUACCCAGAGCAUCUCACUGUUUCGAUAUGUCAAGUUGGAGAAGUACAGAUACUAUAAAAAUGACAGCCGCACAACAGAGAGCUAGAAGCAUCGUUGCAGAGUGGCUUUCAUGAAGAACACAAAAACAAAUUAUUGUACAAGUGUUGAAAA